GCGCACGCGGUCCAGUACAGACAUGCACGCGGGUGUGUAGACGCGCAACCGGGCAGCGAGCGCUCGUGCAGGGAAAAGCGCGAGGAUGAGCAGGCGGGAGUGAACCCUAGAAGCGCGGUGCAGUCUGGGAAAAGAGAGGAAAGGCAUGCCUGCUUAGCGGAGUGUUUUUUUUUUUUUUUGUAUAUAAAAAAAGAGGGGAAUAAAUCAAACACACAGGCGCGCGCGUACACAGGAUCUUAGCCGAGCGGGGAGAUGAGUGGCGAGACGAGCUCGGAGGUGACGUCCCCCACCAGCGUCGGACAGAAGGAGCGAUAUUUCGACCGGGUGAACGAGAGCGACCCGGAGUACCAGCGCGCGCGCAACAUGCCGGCCGACCUGCGGCAGGACUUCAACAUGAUGGAGCAGAAGAAGAGGGUCACACACAUCCUGCAGAGUCCUGCGUUCAAGGACGAGCUGGAAGGUCUGAUCCAGGAACAGAUGAAUAAGGGAAAUCACCCAGCCGGCCUCCUCGCCCUGCGCCAGAUUGCCGACUUCUUCAUGGCCAGCUCCAUCGGAGGAUACCCCACCUCCCCCCUCAGUUUGGGCAUGGUGUCCCCCAUAAACGAUCUUUUCGCCACCGAGUCCGGCUCCAUGGUGAAGGGCGAGAAACAGGCGAGAUGUAAACUGGCCAGCCUCUACCGGCUCGUCGACCUCUUCAGCUGGGCUCACUUCUCCAGCGCCUACAUCACCGUUCGUGUCAGUAAGGAGCAGGACCACAUUCUCAUCAUCCCCAGAGGACUGUCAUUCGCCGAGGCUUCAGCUUCUAAUCUGGUGAAAGUGAAUAUCCUGGGCGAUGUGGUGGAUCAGGGCUCCACUAACCUCCGCGUCGACAUGGCCGGGUUCAGCCCGCACGCCGCCAUCUACUCCAUGAGACCGGACGUGCGCUGCCUCGUCCACUUGCACACCCCGGCCGCAGCAGCCGUGUCGUCCAUGAAGUGCGGCCUGCUGCCCAUCUCUCAGGAGUCGCUGAUCCUCGGAGACGUGGCCUACUACAGCUACCAGGGGAGUCUGGACGACAAGGAGGAGAGGGCGGAGCUACAGAAAGCGCUCGGACCCUCGGCCAAGGUGCUCGUUCUGAGGAACCACGGUGUGGUGGCUUUAGGAGAAACCAUCGAAGAGGCUUUCCACUACAUUUAUACCGCCCAGUUGGCCUGCGAGAUCCAGGUGAAUGCAUUCUCGUGCGCGGGGGGAGUGGAGAACCUCAUCGUGUUGGACUUGGAGAAGUACAAGAGCAGAACGCAGGGCGUGGCUGAGACCGGCGUGAACAUGGGCUCUCAGCAAAAGUGGAAAAUGGGAGAGCUCGAGUUCGAGUCGCUCAUGAGGAUGCUCGACAACCUGGGUUUCCGAACAGGCUACGCUUACCGUCACCCGGUGGUGCGGGACAAGCCGCGGCACAAGAGCGAGGUGGAGAUCCCAGCCACGGUGACGGCGUUCUCAUUGGACGAGCCGGCCGACCCGUCCCGCCUUCAUUUACGCCUCCUUCAGCAGCGGCAGCAGAGGGAGAAAACGCGCUGGCUCAACUCGCCCAACUGCUACACUAAGAUCAACGUGGCGGACGGAGGAGGCGCUGAGGAGAACGGCCGCGUCAAGACCAUGUGGAUGCGGUCCGACGAUGGCGGCAGCACCAGUGGCACUCCAAUCCGCAUCGAGGACCCGAAUCAGUUUGUCCCUCUGAACACGAACCCGGACGAGGUUGUCCAGAAGAGAAAUAAAAUCCGAGAGCAGAAUCGCUUCGACAUGAUGUCAGCCGGCCCACAGUCUCAGCUCCUGGCUGGCAUCGUUGUGGAGAGACCACCGCCAUACACAGGUGGAGACGAGGAAGAGGCCGAGUCUUUGCCGCCCAACCCCUUCAGUGAGCUCAGCGAGAGAGACCUGGACUAUAAACAACAAGUGGACCACCAACAGCUGGGGCUUGAUGAGGAGGAGCAGGAUCAGCUAACGUCUGAUGACGCUUCCACGCUUUCACCGUCUGCCUCUCAAACUCAGUCCCCACCACACACACCUGCUAAAGAAGAAAACCACACAAACGUCCUGCUGAACGGCAAAGGCUCGCACGACGACGAAGAAGAAGAGCUGAUAAAGCGUGUAGAGAGCGUGGAGAUCACGAGCGAGAAGAUCGAGGAGGUCCUCUCGCCAGAGAGCUCGCCCUCCAAAUCACCCGGCAAGAAGAAGAAGAAAUUCCGAACGCCAUCGUUCCUUAAGAAGAAUAAGAAGAAAGAGAAAGCGGAGGCCUGAGGGAUGAGCGGAAAAGGGAGCGGAGCCGCAAUCAGUCUGUCCACCCGUCAGUUUACCCUUCGUUUUUACAUUUAUUUUAAAAGGUUUGAAUUUCUUUAAAAAGUUUUUUUUUUUUUUUACACCAACCUUUGGCACAUUUUUUUUUGGGGGGGGGGGGGGGGGACAUGAGGGUGAUACAUUUAUGAAUGAGUGUCAAUUUUUCAAGAGAAAAAGCUGAAAAUUACUCAUCCAAAUGGGUUCUUUCUCAAAAUGCGCGCACACACACACACAUCUGGUAAACACAAUGCCAUGUCCUAAAAAAAAUCACUGUUAUUAAUUGUUUGUUAGUGUGUGUGUAUGUGCUGUCAUGUUAGAAUUUUCUCCUCCCAAGACACGCAAAUGUUAUUGAGUUGUGUUGAUGGCUGUUAAUCCAGUUUUACUCACACACACACACACACAAUCACGUUUUAGUGAAGUGUAUCUCAUCGUAGCAUCAUUCACCUUUUAGCCCUUUUAACCCUUGUAGUUUUUUUUUUUCUUUUAACGUUUUAUACUCAUUUCUACACUUUUACUGAGAGCCUUCUAAUUUUUUUCCUUCUUCUCUCUAAAGCUGAUCGUGUACGCUGGAUGUUUCUCCAUUUUAUAACUCGAAUGACUAAAACAAACACGUAUGUGAUUAUAUAUAAAAGUAAACUGGAUGCGUGAGAAAGUAACGGUUUAUUCUUCUGCCGCACUUUUAACGUAGUGUAUGUAUUAUAUAUAAACAGAUACUCGUGCAUACAGACGAUUUCGAGAGAUUUGCAGGAAGUUGGCGGGAAAAGAAAGUCCGGGAAGGAAAAUACAAUGGGAUUAAGCAAAGAAAAAAAAUAUUUUUUUCUAUAUAUAUAAGCGAUUAUAUAUUUGUAUCUUUUUUUUUUCUUUGAACAAAGUUUAAUAAUUGCGUCCUUUUAAACAGAGAAAGGUGAAAUCUCAGCGUGACUCCUUUUUUGGGAUUUUCUGAAAAGAUUUCUUUAGUUUGAUGUAAUAGCAUGACGGAAGUUGUUGAGCUGCUUGCUAUUUGGGAAAACCUUUGUGUCACCAUGAUGUCAAUCCUGCAGCAGCUUGACAACGCGACAAAACAAAGGGCACAUUUAAAAACUCCUGAAAGCAAAUGAAUUUGCACGACUAAUUCAUUAAAUAAAUAAAAAACACACAUGCACACAAUCCAGAAAACUUAAAAAAUAAAAAAAGUCAUGAGUUUUCAGGCAGCUUCCUCAGUUUUCUUUCUCUGAACUAUAAAAUUGAAAUGACUUUUAUUAAACCCCGUCCAUCCCACACCCCAAUUUUUUGCCCAGAAAAAAAAAUACACUAAAAUGUAAGUGUUUGGGGCAGAUUUCUGAGACAUAAUCUCCAAAACUGUAGCAACAUUUCAAUAAAUUAUGUUUAUAUGCGUAAUUAAAGAGGUGAAAAACUGGAAUUACGCUACCCCAAGCAGCUUUUGAUGAACACAUUUGCGUUUGAAUAAGGAAUGAAAAGGAGGCGUCUGGAGGCAAUCGAUCCCAGCGAGCAAUGUGAAGUGAAUGUGCAGGCGGGGUCAUCUCUUAUUUGUGUAAAUAGCGCGUGGCUUUCAGGCACUGCCAAGUGAACUUCGAGGCUGAGCAAAGUGGCGAGAUUGGACGGACAAGAAGAAAGAAAAGCUCAUGCAUGUUUUAUUGCUGUAUUUCUGUUUGCGGUUUAUUUUCCUUCAUUUUUUUAAAUUUAGUUUACAGAGAUUUACACAUUUUAUUAACCACUUUAUGAGCGUUAAAUUUUAAGUUUUCUUGCUCUGAUUGGAGGCUGUUUGCACCUUUUUUUUUAUUCUAAAAAAAACAACAAAAAAAAAAACGUGCUUAUUUUCUCUGUUUCUUUUUUGUCUUUGGCUUUGGCAUGCAAGUGUGUGAGCCGAACCUCGUGACCUGUGAAGAAAAAAAUUACAACAUAUAUAAAUUGUAAUCUAAUGAACUCGCUUUAGAUUAUAUGGCUAAUCAAUGUAAAUUCACAAAUAAAAAAAAUGCUAUUUUAAGAAAA